UCACGCUCUCCUGGUUCUGUAUGUAGCGCCCUCAUCGGUCGUGAGUGCGUGGGCACUGUUCCCGAACGAAUAAUCGGAAUAUAAACUUCGAUCCGUGGAAGUACAAUCGGGUGUUAACAAGUGAUUUUUGUAGUGAGAUGUGACAAGAAGAAACAUUUGUUCGAACAUUGAACGUCACCAUGUUGAGAGCCAAUCGACAAUUGCGUGCAGGACAACAAUUGAUGUUUACUGGUUUAUCUCCUCACUACAAGCCAAUCACAAAGAUAUAUUCUGCUAAAGUUUGUUAUUCCUCAUUUUCACCUACAUAUGUUCCCGUAGCAACUGCUUCUGUUUUACGGCAUAGUCCAGUUGCGCACAAUUUGGUAUCUAAUCGAUGGUUGCAGAGUGAUGCGUCUCAGGGGGUAUCAUUGUAUGAUACACAUCUUGAAAUACACAAUGCAGGAAAAAAUAUUCAACUGAAUUAUGUCUGGAUGAGAGAUCAUUGUCGGUGUGCUAAGUGUUACAAUGAUGUGACAAGCAGAGAUUGUUUGACAUCACAACUAUCGAUAUGAAUAUUCAACCCAAAAAUAUGAAGAUUAAAAAGAAUGGGGAUAACCGUGAGCUCCACAUAGUGUGGCCAGAUAAACAUGAAACCGUGUACAGUAUGGAAUGGUUGGAAAAGAAUUCCUACUCUGGUGUCAGUCAAUCAGAAUGGAGCAAGAAACGAAUAUUAUGGGAUGCAGGAUCAAUCCAGGAUUCCAUGCCUACAGUUGUUGAUUACAAAUCUUACAUGCAGCAUGACGAGUCUUUAAAGCAAGUUUUAGAAAACUUAGUUGUUUACGGAUUUGCUGUUGUUGGCGAUGAUGUUCCUCUGAGUGUCGAAGAAACACAGAAAGUCGCAGAACGAAUAAGUUAUGUUCGUGUGACUUUGUAUGGUAAAAUGUGGAGUUUCUCAUCCAAUUUACAAAUGUUGGACACUGCAUAUACCUCUGAAGGAUUACGGGCACAUGUUGACAACACAUAUUUUAAUGACCCAGCUGGAUUCAAAGCUGCUGAGAACUUGAAAACUAAAAAUCCAGAGUACUACGACAUUUUAAGUCGUGUUGGUUUAAAACAUCAAUUUAUUGACAGAGACAUCCACGUAGCUGCCACUGGACCAAUACUAUAUCAUGAUCCAGUUUCCAAUGAAUUAUCACAAGUUAGAUUUAAUACAUAUGAUAGGACAACAAUUAGUCACCUUGACAACCAUAAUUUGAUGGCAUUUUACCAUGCAUUAUCCAGCUAUGCUAAGGAAGUAGCAUCAUCUGAGAAUGAACUGUGGUUCAAAUUACGACCCGGCAAUGUUUUAUUGGUGGACAACUGGAGAGUGAUGCACGGCCGCUCUUCUUUUACUGGUUAUCGGCACAUUUGUGGAUGUUACAUGCCGAGGGAUGAUCUAAUUGGUCGGUUCAGAACUCUGCUGGGGAUGAAGAUCUGA